AUGGCCACCUCGGCCAACGCCCUGUACGUCCUCCGGCUCGUGCUGGGCGGGGUGCGGCGGCGAGCUUUUGUGCCAGCACGUACCCGCACAUUCUCCGACUCCAGCUCAAUGCCCGGCCACGCCCAGCCGCAGUCCUUCCUCGAGGCCGACGAUGGAGAGUACGCCGCGGCCGACGAGUUCCUGCCUGAUCGCGUGGCGACUGAGGCCGCUCCUGUCCCAUGGCCAACAGUGUUCGAGCACGGUGCACGGCGUCCCCGCCAAGCCCAGCCUUGCGACAUUGUUGCGCGUCUCGUGGCGAGCGAGAAGUUCGGUUCCGCGCGUAAGGUCGUCGACGAACUCACGGCCCUUCACACCCCCGUGCAGCACCGCAAGAUCUAUCUCAAGCCCGCACUCGCCUGUCUUGAACCGACUGAUGAGGGGCGUAGAGGAUUUUUGUUCUGGAUGGAGUUGUACCCCGCGCGAGGAGCGACGCCAAAUCACUCGGUCCUCCGUAAAGAAUGGGCCCCUAUCGUGCACCGCGUCUUGGCCGAGAACAUCGACAACCCGGCGUUCCUCAUUGAGUUUUUCGAGCUUUCCGGACGGAAGGGACUGCUCAACGUCGUGCUUCCCAUCUUCGUUGCACCGCUUGCCUCCGUUCUCCCACCUCACCAGAGCGAGGAGGCGGUCUCGCGCGCAAUCGCGGCCUACCGGGCCACUUGUCGCCCAAAGUCAGACUCAAAGGUCGGCCGCAACCUCGCCUCCCUCACCGACAUCCAGACAGAGCUCUGGUGGAACAAGUACAUCCGCGCCCUCGCCAUCGUCGAACAUCACGAACCAGCGGCCGCGCUCCUCCAUUCGCCGCCGUCAGGCGUGCGCUUCCAAUCUUGGGCGCGUGCGAUGGUCCUCGGCGAGGACAUGAGCAAGCAGCAGCGGGCGGACGCUGCUAGGUCCCAAGGAUCUCAGGGUGGGCCUAGACGCGAUGGAGAUCUGUGGCAGCUCAUCGAUAACCCGGCACCAGGCCGAGAGAACCGCGAACUAGCAAAGCAUCUCGAACGCGUUCUUGACCGGACACAGAACGACCUCCCGCACGUCGGGACGUUGGCGGACACGCAGCGCCUGCUCCUCCGGCUACGGCCUGAGCUGCUGGGAGCCCUCGAGCGUUGGUUCACUGAGCCAUCCAGGGACAGCCUUGUGGAGGACGAUGGUACCAGCAUCCGUCACCAGUGGUGGGCACACGCUGAAGUGCUACGCCACGCGCGGGAUGGUGACCACGUCGAGGCUGUGCGCACCUUCCGCCGCCACUUCUUGUGGGUCGGCCUCCCACCUACCAACGUGGGUACCGGAGAGAUCGAAAAGAGGCCGCGCCGUCUCCCAAACAAAAGAAUUGUUUGCUCUAUCCUGCCCUCUAUCUUGGCGCUCCUCAGCCCAGCCGAACGCGCGACCUAUCGUAAGGCCUUCUAUGCGUCGUUCCGCUCCCUCGCUCCAACCCUCUGGCCCAACCAGUUCACACACCUCGCCUUUGUGCGCAUCGAAGCGUAUACCGGCGGACCGACCGCCGCUACGGAGGCGAUGCAGAACAUUGUGGAGGCCGGACUGAACCCCGGCUUGCCGGCAUGGACUGCUCUCCUCCUCAGCAUGAUGGGCCGGGGAGACACUGAGGCCGCCCUGCAUUUGCUGAACUCGAUGGAGCGCCGCGCCCCACUCACCGAGACGCGCCGCAUGCCGCCUCCCACGGGGCGAACGUAUGCGGGCCUCGUGCGUGUCGCGGCCAAGCACGGACACAUAAGUGUCGCGGCUGCCCUUCUUCGCCGGUACCAAAAGCAUGGGGAAUCUGGCGGAGAGCUGGGGAGUCUCGAGGCUUUCUUUGGGAACGUGAAACGCCGCAGUCGGACCCCCGAAGAGCUUGCUGAGGAGAAGCGCAGUCAGGCCGCCGUCUUGCGUGAGCUGGACCGGUUGGAUGGCGACGACCUCAAGUCACGUAUCCAGGUUCUGUUUGAGCGGAAGCGAGGUCACGGCAACAAGGCGAACGAGGUAGAGCAGCAGGGUGAGUAUACGAGCAGCGAGGGCGUCAAGCAGAACGUGAUGGAGGAGAAGGUAGCGGAACAUGCGGUCUUGGUUGAGCACAGGGAGGAGAAGAAGAGUAGUGCAUACGCAUAG